AUGACAGCAGCUAUGCCAGCUCUUGUUCUUGAAACACCAAGGUACCUCCAGAUAUAUGACAGCGACGGCCAUCUUCUUGCCGCCCUGGAAAUCCCAACUGUCCAACAAGCUCGAUAUAUCUCCGAGGAGAUGCUAUGUCGCUAUUUGCCGAUUCCCAAUCCCAGGCAGAAUAAAUUUCGCAACAGCCUCCGCACUAGAGACGCCGCAUGUGCAAUUACUGGGCCGAAUGCUAUAGCCAGCCGUCGGAGUCCUUUCCGAGGUCUCGAAGCUACGCAUGUAUUCCCAGCCGACUACAAGAUCAUCGUAUUCGUAACGGAUACUACGGGAAUUGGUGGCACUCGUCUUAGAAACUCUGCUCUGAGUGGAACCCUGCGUGUGAGCGCCAACCUCCUUCGUUGGCACCUACGGAUGUGCCUGUACAAGAGUCUGAAGGUCAAUGCAGAGCCGCAGACAGUAUGGGAGGAGGAUCUUGGAGAAGACCCGAUGGGCGAAAUUCUUAGCCAGCCAGAUGCGGCUGAGCGGAUGGAAGUUGAGCUGUUCACGCGCCUGGGAGAACUGAUAGCAUGA